UGUAUGUUGAAGGAAUGAUUGUUCAUUCGAUGUCUAGCGAUGGUCUAUCUACAUAGGGGGAGGACUAGAUCAAAAUCGCGAUGGGCCUAUAAGUCACGUGUCUACUGAUACCAUGUCUUCCUCAGACCAGCAAGAGCCCCAGGCUAUUCGUCCGCUACAGGUCCUAUACUGCCAGAUCUGCACGUUUCCUCCCGAAUACUGUGAAUUUGGCUCCAGCUUGACGAGAUGCAAGGAAUGGCUACAGGGUGCACACUCUCAGCUUUUUGACAAGUACUACUCAGAUGAGGCUCUCCAGUCAAAGAUUGGCACCCUCAGCUUGGAGGCGCAGGCAAAGCUCGAGAAGGACACUGCAAAAAAGGAGGCAAAGGCUGAGGCAAAGGCGGAUGCUGCGCUUAAGAAAAAGAUGGCGUCGCAAGUGUCAAUUAAACGCAUUGAGCGUAACAAGCGGAAACACGUCACAGCUAUCCAUGGCCUUGAGGCGUUUGACAUUGAUUUGAAGAAAGCUGCUAAAUUCCUAGCUCAGAAGUUCGCUACUGGGGCGUCUGUCACCAAGAAUGCCCAGGGACAGGAUGAGAUCGUGGUUCAGGGAGAUGUAUCAGACGACGUUUUGGAACUUCUUGAAGGCGGAGCUGGCCCAUUGAAGGGUGUGCCUGCGGACAAUGUUGUGAUCAUCGAAGAGAAGAAGAAGAAAGCUGGAGAAUGAUUGUACUGGUUGAAAUCUAUGUUGUUGUACGACUUGAAUUUUCGUAGAUUGACGCGGACGCAUCUCCUCUAUAGAUUGUAUAACUCGCAUUGUUAUCAAACGAAAGUUUCGAUAGUUA